AUGGGGGAGUUGCUCCGGAGGCUAGAGGAAGAUGGCGUGGAUGUUCCUUCUCAGGAAAGCGGCACCACCACCAACACGACUUUGAAGGAGGGUGCAGAGGACGGACAACACACAGAGCAAAGACGUGUGGACCGACUCGAGGCGGAGGUGGGCUCCUUGAAGCGCGAGGUCGGUGCGAUGACUGCAGGAUUCGCCGCAAUUGGGCAGGUGCUUGGGAUGUCGAGGGAGGAGCUGAUCUCUGCCGGCGAAAACAUGCUGCAGAAGCCUGCCUGCGCUGUGCAGGGAGCGGGAGGUAAUGAUCCGCGCAAGCACGGCCCAACCACUCCUGUACGGCCUUCAGGAUACACGAAGCAGCUGAACGACAGCCCUGACGAGGAUCUGGUGGGCUCCAACACGAGAGUGUCGCUCGACAGCAAGUUCGCGUCAGCCGUUGGAGCGUACCCCUGCUUCCCGGCACAUCUGCCGAUCCCCGGGACGGUUCCACACUGGCUGUUGUCGCGCCAGCAGGGAGCUGCGGUUUCACUAGUCCAGCCAUCCUAUCCUGUUUACGGCAUCGCGCAGAGCGGUGCGGCUGGGUACACACCCCGGCUUCACAGCUGCAAGUUUGGGGUGAAGGUUGUCGCCAAGGACAAGGACGGAAAGAAGGUAACGAGGAGAGUCGGCGCUUACACCACGAUAGAGGAGGCAGCGUAUUGCUACGCGGCAGCAGCCCACGUGCUGAGGCCAGGCAUGGGCACCAGGAACUCUGUGGCUUUAACACCGGCGGAUAGGGCAGCUUUGAAGGGGUGCACUCCUGAAGUCCUAAAAGUCCUGGUGGAUGCCCGCAUGUGGUGGCGCUGGAGGGUAUGGAGGGAGGCGUACGAAGGUGUGAUGCGGAAGGCAGCGCGGGCCAAGAAGAAUGCAACGCCUGCUAAAAGGGGGAGACCGCGAAAGGAGAGUGGUGCGCAGGGUGGUGGCACGGCAGGAGAGGGUGAAGGAGAGAAGGCUGGAAGUGAGGACACUGAGAUCGUUGCCAUCGAACCAACCAACAGCAGGGCGCUUGGGAGGCUCCGCAAGACUACGGGGGGGGAGACAUCUGACGCUUCUCUCGCCAGAGUAGGCAAGCAAGCGGCGGAGAGUGACUCGCCAGAUUCGCGUUCCAAGAGCGACGUUGAUCCGCGUCUGGCUCUCCGGAAUCGAGGCGAGGACGUUGACGGGGGCGACCAGGCACGCAUCGAGAGCGACGUCAACGCUUUCGAAGAGGAGGAUGACGAGGAUGUGGGCGACGCGAUGCGCGCGAUGUUCGAAACCAACACGAACCGCGAGAACGCUGAUGUCCCAACCAAUGGAGAGGAGGUGCGCGUUUCUGCGGGAGUAUUCAGGAGCCUGCUUAAGUCGCAAGACGAGAGCGCGAAGAAGGUUGCCCGCUUGGAAACCUUGCUUUUGGAGGCACUGGCGAAGUCCGAUGGGGGAUCUCGUCGCCGCAAAGCAGAGCGGCAGAGGGAGCCGGGACAGGGAUGCAUGAACCCAAAGCGCCAGCGUCGUGGCGAGGCUGUGGCUGAGGUUGAGGACGAUGACGAUGAGGUGGACGACGACGACGACUUCGAGGACGUGGCACAGAUUCGCACGCGGCGCAAACAUAUGCGGUCUGCGAAGUCGCCUGUUCUGCAACGCGCACUUGAUCUGCUGCCAGCAGACAAGGCUUGGAAGUGUUUGCGGUGGUUCCUGACUUGUGUGCAGCGACUAUGCGAGUUGGUCCGCGUGCAGCUGUUCCUGAAGAAGCCGGCAGCAACCAUGACUUUCUAUCCGAGCUCUGACGACAAGACUUAUGGCGUCUGCGCAGUGCUUGACCGCCUGCCGCAUAGCUUCGCGUGUCUCGCGCUGGCAGCGGACAAGUCCCGACGGGCGGACCUUAACAAGACGCUGAGCGAGUGGAAGACAAGGGCUGCAGCACGGGUCCGGGACAUUGCGCUCCCGAAGCUUGGAUUCUUCCGGGACGAGCGCGACGAGGCAAGCCCGUGGGCAAGGGACAACGCACGGACGCUGGAGCAGAUUCGCGAGCGCGUUGGGAUCGGAGCGGAUGAGAGCGAUGAUCUGGUGUUGAGCAACUGGGCUAACGACCGCGACGGGAUGCCCUUUGCUUCUGCGGCGUUUGCGGCGUGCGCAAAGGCUGCCUUCAUUCCGAAGAAGGCUGCACUGCCGCUCACUUUGAAGGUGUACCACCUUGCGUGGCUAGAGCACGUGGUGUCCGACAGCAUCAUGUACUGGGAGCAGAGGAUGGGCCGUCUCUCUAACUCGGCGGGGGGGAACGGCCACGUGGUGAACGGGCUCAAGGUGCUUGUGAAGGGCUCCGUUUCACAGGCCAUCCGUCACUUCAAUCCAGAGUACGACGAGGAGAAAGAGGAGUGGAUAUGGGGACGCCAUGGCCUCCGCCUUUCUGCAUGUGGGCUUGAGAGCAUGAAGCCCAAUGCAGGCGCUAGCGGAGGAGACGCCGCCGGGAACGAUGUGCAGUCGGUGUCUGUCGGGGGUGUGUAG